AUGGGCUUUAGCACGGGACAAGCGAAGCUGGGAAUCAUUUCACCUGCUGCUGUAGCUGCCUUCCAGAUUCUGCACUACCUCCCUCCUUGCUUCUUUCUGGGCCGGAAGCUUUUCCUCCUCUUACUCUCAGUGUUGCGGCUGUUCCGAUUUUCUGAGACAUGGAUCGAUGUUGUUUGGUGGCUGGUUUCCAACGUUUGGUUCUCGGUACUGAUCAAUGGGGUGCCGCAGGGGUUCUUCCCAUCCACGCGUGGGUUGAGGCAGGGCGACCCAUUAUCUCCAGCCUUGUUUAUCAUUGGGGCUGAAGCCCUCUCUAGGGCUUUGAACGCUUUGGUUGAGCAGCGCCAAUUUCACCCGUAUAAGGUUCCCAUUGGCUGCUCGAUUGUCACACAUUUGUCUUUUGCUGACGACGUAGUCAUUUUCACCAGCGGGUUGAAGUUUUCUUUGCGUCUCUUAGUGAGGGCAUUUAACGGGAUUUCAAAGGAGGGACUUUCUGGUCAGAUACUUGGGUUGCCUGUUAUUCAUUGGUCGAUAAAAGAAGGAGUACUUUGGGGAGAUUUGCAAAGGCAUUGUCAACAGAAUUUUAUCUUGGAAGCAGCGAAUUCUGUCACCAGGGGGAAGAGUGGUGCUUCUCAAGCACGUUCUAUCCUCUCUGUCGAUUCACUUAUUGGCAACAGUGUCGCCUCCCAAGGGAGUCUUGCGGAGAUGGACAGAGUUAUGGCUGCUUUUCUGUGGGGUGCGUCAGAGUUUGACCCGCGGUUUCAUUGGAUGAAAUGGGCAGACCUAUGUCGGUCAUAUAGCGAAGGGGGUUAG